CACAUUGCGGGGGCGUGGCUAGCGCAGAGGCAUCUACUAGUCAGCCUUGUCCCUCUCACCCUCUAGUCCCGGCCGAGCUGAUACAGACUAGAAGGAUCCGGACUCUUCUUGUGCGGCUGCUCCGUGUCCCGGUACUCGCUUGCGGAAACGGAAGUCGUAUUGCUGUCAUUUUUGUACCGGGGGAAACGGAAAUGUAUGUAAGAUGCAAUUUUUUCCCCGCUUAUUCUACAGGUUUGGUUAAGUCCGUUAUACCAAAUUCUACCAUGGCUACAUAUAGCCUGGCAAAUGAGAGACUGCGCAUUUUAGAGGAAAUUGAGAGAGAAAUUGCAACCAUCUUGUUGAAUGCAGGGAAUGUUAUCUUGGAGCUUUCCAAAGAGAAGCCAAAUGAACGUAUGCUAGACAGACAGGCGGCACAAUUUACUGCCUCCAUGCAGAAAGUGGAAUCUGAGCUCUCUGGGCAAAUACGUUAUCUUACACAGGUGGCCACAGGGCAGCCACAUGAAGGCUCCAGCUAUAGUUCUCGCAAGGAUGGCACAAUGGCACUCAACAGAAUUGACUAUGCCCGAGUAAAGUUAGCGGAGCUAUGCCGGACAUGUGAACAGAUGCUGGAACAGCCCUGACCUACAUGAGGAUGAACAAAAUAUAUUUAAAUGGAUGGACCUUUCAGAAAGUACAUCAGGAAUAGAUGAACCUUAAAAAAAAAACAUGUUUGGAUACAAAAUUAACUUUAGGCAUGAAGGUACCCACCAUUUCCAAAAUGUUUGCUAGCAACACCUUUCAUUGGCCAGACAGGCCACAGGAAAAAACAUUUCUAUAUAUUUAUCAUAAACCAGCUGGUAUUUUUCACUGUAUGACAACUAUAUUUAUAACAUAAAUGCCAAACUUUAAUCAA